UCCGGCAGCGCUGCCCGGGAUGGCGGAGCCGGGGGCUGGGGCGGCGGAGCCCGGGCAGGGAUGCACGGAGGAGCCGGAGGAGCCCGGGGAUGGAUGCACGGAGGAGCCGGAGGAGCCCGGGGAUGGACGCACGGAGGAGCCGGAGGAGCCCGGGGAUGGACGCACGGAGGGGCCGAGGGGCAGAAGGACGGCGGAGCGGCUGCGGGAGCCGGGCGCGCUCUGGCUGGCGGCCGCGCUGCCGCUGCUCCUGGUCCCGCUGCCCUGCGCAGGCCAGAGCCGCCUGCCCAGCCCGGCGCGGCUGCGCGUGCACGCCGUCAACACCAACUUCUCCCUGAGCUGGGAGCACCGCGGGGGCAGCGCCCGCGGCGUCACCUUCUCGGCCCAGCUCCAGUGGCCGGAGCUGAAGGACACGGGCUGGCAGGAGCUGCCGGGGUGCCAGGCCGUGGCUGGCACAGGCUGUGACAUCUCCUCGGCCAUCUCCGAGUACUACGAUCCCCACUACGUGCGCGUGAGGGCCCAGGCAGGGCCCCUGCUGUCCCCCUGGUCCGAGGUCCUGGAGAUGGUGCCCGAAUACGUCGCUCAGAUUGGUCCACCAGGACUGGAAUUGCAGUCCACAAAUGGAGUCAUAAAAGUUAUGGUUUCUCCUCCAGAAGCAAAUCAGAGGAAAAAAAUGUGGAUCGAUGAUCUGAGUUUUAAAUAUAACCUAGUCUUCUGGGAAAACUCAUCACAUGCUCAGCUGCAGAGUAAAACCAUUUUCCCUGUUGACACCGUUGAUGACCUUGCCCCAAACAGCACCUAUUGCUUCAAGGUCCAAGCAAAUCUCCCCAGUGAUGGAAAGCAGGGCUUCUUCAGCCCCGUCAGCUGUGUGAAAACCAGCCAGAAAGUGAACGACCUCCUGUGUGCAACCAACGUGACUGUCCUGGCUUUGAACAUGAAAUUCCACCUGUUUUGGCAUGCCCAGAAAAACCAGGGUGUGAACUACAACGUGCAGUACCUGCUUAGCUUCUGGAAGAAGUUCAAUGAGGAUUACUCAGACAAGUGGCUCAGUGUCCCCAGCUGUGAGAACAUCACCAGCACCUGGUGCAACUUCUCCUCCAUCAACACCACUGGAUUUUAUUACCUGCGGGUGCAGGCCAGGGAGGGGCACAACAAAUCCUGCUUCUCCAGGGAAGUCAAAGUGGAUCCUCUGCAAACAAAUGAAAUUGGGCCUCCUGGUGUAAGGCUGGACCUCAGUGACACUUUGCUCCACAUCAUUAUUUCUCCUCCAGGAGGAGCUGAGGAGAAAUUCAUGAGGGAACAUUACCAGUUGUCCUACAGAAUCUUGUACUGGAAGAAUUCCUCAGAUAUGGAGGAGGAGGUGAAGCAGAAGGAGGUGAAGCAGACCAUAGCCACAGUGUCUGAUGUGUCCCCCUCCACCCUGUACUGUGUCAAAGUCCAGGCCAUCUCUGAGCCCUACAACAAAAGAAGUGCCUACAGCCAGCAGGAAUGCAUCCACACCCCUGCAGGUACAUCUUUGCCUCUGAUCAUUUUCGGGAUUUUCAUGGGUGCCCUGCUGUUUGUCCUGCUGGUGGUCACUCCUCUUGUUUUAUUGCUCUACCAAGCCUACAACAAAAUCAAAUAUGUGUUCUUCCCCUCCUGCCAGCCCCCCAUGAACAUCGAGGGAUUUGGAGCACACCCCUUCAGCAGCCCUUACCUGUCAGCUGCAGAGGAAUCCGUGGAAAAUUGCUGUGUGAUUGAAUCCAUGGUCACAGAAGAGGGAAAUCAGAUUGUUUUUGCAGACUACAAACAUUCCAAGCAGAGCAGUCGAGACUCAGGGAAUUAUUCCAACGACGACAACACUUCUGGGAGCAAAGAAUCCAAAGAAACCCUGGCCAAGGAAAUGGUGUAACU